CAACGUCGUCCCUUGGGCGACAAGUAGCAUUUGUGCCAGCCUGAUUUUAUUCACUGGUAUCGACGUCCGCAGUCUCCUCUCACUGGCCGUCCGUCCAUAGGCUACUAAUAACUUGAAGUAUCACUCCCGCACACCGCCACGCCCAUCCAACUUGGAACAGCCACCCGGCCCUGAGACCCAAGGCAUGGCCGCCAUAACGAGACUCCUCGGCUCCCUCAAACAGACAAAGCUCAUCCGGCCGCCCCGGGGCUCGAGUCCGGCCUCCAAGCGGCCCCCCAGCCCGGGAUAUGUCUACUCGCUCACCGCCUUCGUCUCCCUGGGCGGGUUCCUGUUCGGCUGGAACCAGGGCGUCAUGGGCAUGAUCGUCGCCGACGAGCGCUGGAACACCCUCAUGGGCCACCCGAGCGACUGGGCCGUCGGCCUCGUGGUCAGCAUCUACAACCUGUCGUGCGCGGCGGGCGCCCUCUCCGCCGGCGCCGCGGCCGACGCCCUGGGCCGCGAGCGCACCCUCUCCCUCGCGUCCGUGCUGGCCAUCGCCGGCGCGCUCGCCCAGGCGGCCAGCUCGACCGUCGCGCAGAUGACGGCCGGGCGCUUCGUCACGGGCCUGGGCGUCGGGGCCUUCGCCGCCGGCGUGCCGCUGUACAUCUCCGAGAUCAGCCCGCCCUCCCUGCGGGGCCGCGUCGUCGGCAUCGAGCUGAUGAUACUGUGCUUUGCCGAGAUGGCCGUCUUCUUCGUCGACUACGCCUGCUUCCUCCUCGUGCCGUCGGACGGCUGGUGGCGCCUCCCCGUCGUCCUGCAGGUCCUCCCCGCCGCGCUGCUGGCUGCCGGGUGCUGGCGGUCCUCGUGGGUCCCGCCGAGCCCGCGGUGGCUGGUCGCGCAGGAGCGCUAUGACUGUGCGCUCGAGGUGCUCACGCGCCUCCAUGGCGAGGAGGCGGCCGCCGUCGAGAUGGCCGAGAUCAAAGACACGGUCGGCGAGGAGCAGGCCCGCGGGGAUGUGGAACGGGCUGGCUGGCUGGAUAUGUUCCGCGGCCCUGUCCUCCGCGUCACGCUGCUUGGCGUCACGAUCCAGUUCCUGCAGCAGGUGACGGGGACCAAUGCGAUAUUCUACUAUACCCCGCAGCUCUUCCACAACGGCGGCAUCACCGACCCAAAUAUUGCCAACUUGGCAACAAGCGGUGUUGGCGUUGUGCUGUUCUUGUCCUCGUGGAUCCCCAUCUUCUACUACGACAGGCUAGGGCGGAAGACGUGGCUGCAGCUGGGCCUCGUCGGCAUGUUCACAGCUCUAAUCGGCAUUGCGGUUCUGCAGAGGCACGCUGAGAGCAACCCUGGUGACCCUCGGAAUUAUGCUAUUAUUCUGUUCCCAUUCAUGUUCUUCACCUUCUUCAAUAUGUCAUGGAGCUCUGGUAGCUGGCUCUACGCUGCCGAGAUCUUCCCUAUAUCUUUAAGAUCGAAAGGGAACGCCCUUUGCACGGCAUCGCUCUGGAUUGCCAACUUCCUUGUUGCUCAAGUCACACCGCCUAUCAUGACGGCAAUCUCAUGGGGUCUCUACUUGAUAUUGGCCGCCAUUAAUGUCCUUGCGUUCAUAUUUGUUCGCUACUGUCUUGUCGAGACCAGAGGCAAAACCCUCGAAGAGAUGGCAUCGCUGUUUGGCAUCGAACAGGAGCGCCCUGGGAAGGCAAGCAGCAGGGCCCCAGAGCGUCGUGAAUUAUUGCGGCACGACCCCGUCGACGAUGUGGAAGAAGAGCCGUAGCUUGGUCCUCAUAUGUCACAUAUACAUCAUCAAUGAUACCUACUCACAUUUAUGUUGACACAAUCUUUUGAACCUCGUCUACGGUGCCCUAACAUGGACGGAAGCUUCAUACCAGGACGCAGGAUCUCCAUGGCCAGCG